GGGGCGGUAGUAGCCAGGAUCUAUCUCUGUAACUACAUCAACUCCGCCAAACGCGGUCACGAAGUAGAAUGGUUGACAGAUAGAGUCAAAACUGUCAAACUUUUAGUAGUCUGAGUGUAUAAAAAAUUAGUAAGUUCAUCAUGAACACCGCGCUGAAACACUGGAAGGAGGCAGCUACUCUCAUCUUGGCCGCAGGACACAGGCUGGGCGCCGACAGUCUACCGUGUCGGACUCCGCAGGUCAGCGGGAACACGGGCUCUCUGCCCCGCGGCUCCCUCUUUGAUUACCACGUUUUGAUGCUCAAACGGAGCUCUAAGAGCGGGUUCAUGCCCAAUGCUUAUGUGUUUCCCGGCGGCGUGGUCGACCCCUCGGACUUUUCCAGCGACUGGUUGGACAUUUUUAAACCCUUCACUGGCUCUCCCAGUUUUGGGUUAAGAGGCGUGAAGCAGCCCGCGGAGAGCAGACCCCCGUUAUUCGCGACUGACCGGGUCAAACUGGGCUCUCCUGUCCCGGGAGAGGUGGCCCUGAGGAUCUGCGCCCUGAGGGAGACGUUUGAGGAGUCCGGCGUGUUGUUGGUCGUGUCGAAAAGAGAGGAGAAGCGUUUUAAGGGCCUGGAGGACGGCUGCGACGUCUGCAGCGGUGAGCUCACAAAGUGGAGAGAUCUGGUGAACCAGAACCCGUCCAACUUCAUCAGGAUGUGCAGGGAGCUGGAGAUACUGCCCAACAUCUGGGCUUUACACGAGUGGUCCAACUGGCUGACCCCUGAGGCCAGAUAUGGCACCAAGAGGUUUGACACGGCUUUCUUCAUGUGCUGUGUACAGGAGACACCAAGGACACUUCAAGAUGAAAAGGAAAUUGUUCGCUUUCAGUGGUCUACACCAUCCGAGAUCUUGCAGAGUUACCGGGAGCAGCAGCUGUGGAUCGCUCCUCCUCAGUUCUACGAGCUCAGCCGAAUGUGUCGUUUCUCUUCGCUGAAUGACCUCCAGAACUUCAGCUACCAACGGGCCACAGAGGGCUGCCAGCGGUGGUUACCUGUCAUCCUCCCAGAAGACGAGCACCACGUUUCACUGCUGCCAGGGGACAAACAUUAUCCAGCGGACUCUUCGGGGCUGACUCAGAUGGAGACUUGUCAGGAUGAUUCUGGACUGCACCGCAUCGUGUUAUCAGAUCCCUACACUGCAACUCUACAGAUCACCAUCAAACCCAAGUACAACCACCUGCUCCCUGUUGUGGAGCCAGCUGAGUCACAAAACUCAAAAAGUCAUCUUUGACCACAAAUGUUGCUCCUCUGCUUUUAUUUCUGCACCAAUAGGGAAAAAAGAGAUUGUAUUAGAGAUGAACAAAUGUAUUACUUUAAUAUUUAAUGUCAUGAAAGCUGUUUUAUUUGCAACCAAACUUUCAUCAAAGGAAUUAUUUUUAGUAAAACUGAAAACAAUUGCUAAUACCCCAACUUUGUUGUUAAUUUUCAAAACUUUUAAAACGUUUUUAGAUUUUAUACAGUACAUUUGAAAAGAGAAUAGCUUGACUUUAAAUACAUUUCCACUCCUGAUUCAGCUCAAAUUAAACAACUCUUUGCAACAGAUUUGAGCAAACAAGAAACCCAUUCAACAAUUUAAAACAAAGGGAAGUUGUGUAUUGUAAGUUAUAUAUUUGCUGCUGUGAGAUGCAAUGACAAAGAAAACUUUAAUUUUCAAAAGGAACUGAUCAAAUAGAGCAUUAAUAAACAAAUAUUAACUUUGUGAGAAGAUUUAUAGAGAAGAACAAAGGGUAUCAAACUUCCAGGCAUAGGCUUUGUGUUCAAAUCAUGUUCAAAUUGAUAUGUUUGUCUUUAGGUGUGACACUUAGUUUUGUUGGUUUAAAAAAAUAAGCUGGUUGCAACAAAUUGCUCUUUGAAAUGUUUAGCUUGUAGUGACAAGUUUGGCGUUAGAAGUUUGAAAGUGACUAUUUUUUCUUCAGAUUAAAACAACCAUAUUUAUUCAUGUAUAAUGCAAUAAAAGUAUAAUGAGAUCCCCAUUCUUUGAGCUUAAAAGCAUUAAAAAAAUCUAAUCCCUGUGUUUAAUCAUA